UUGUUUGAUAGACCAUCUAUUAUACCCUUUAUACCAGUUGUUGCUGUUUUGUUACUUUUGUUAUUGUUCACCAUCGAUGGCUGUCAUGAUAAGUCGAGUGUUGAAGGAAGCUACCGGAAAUGUCUUUCGCAAAAAUGAUCGCCUAUCGAUCCUCAAUGCCGCUGGGAUCGGUCGGUUGUGAAGGCGUUUCAACCACUCAACGGCUGCUGGAUGAGCAGUCCCUAUUCCCAACAAUCGCUGGUGAUCGAGACAUCUCAAAGAUAAACUUCCAGCAAAUCAAAACCGUACAAGGAUUCUGGGUUCAACUGGUCGCUUCACUUUCGCUUACUCUCACUGGUUUGUUCUUCUCGUUUUAUGGUUGUUUUUCCGGUCGAUACUGUUCCGGUUAUUAUACGAUGUUGCAGUUACGGGCAGCCCUUUGGAUCAUCACUUACAUCGUUCACCAGUUCAUCAAAAGUAGACACAAUCGGUUGAAGCUUCUCGGUUAUCAUGAAUUCUUACACAGUACAUAUCGCUACAAGCGAGCGCCCUUGCAAUUGGUUUCACUUUUCAACAUGUUAACUCUAACCGCUCACAGCGCUGCACUGGAGAUCUUCGGACCCGAAAUAUUUCUCGAUUGUAACGCCAAGGGCUUGUCAACGACAUUGGCCAUCACCGUCCUCAGCGCACUGGAAUUUUUACUAUUGCUACUAGUCCAUGUUACGUAUAUCGUGAAAGUAUGCGUAUUCAACGCAUUGCAGCAGCCUCCGGAUGCUCUCGUCGCGCAAACCGACAACGGUCCUGCUGGUGGGAGGUGUCCAACGAUCAUCAAUAACCAGGAACAACCGCUAGGGCCGGAGGAGUUCAUUACCCAACAAUUUCUGAUGAUUGCCAAACGGAUGGAUGACAAUCGGCACCUGCAGGAUAAGAUCCGCGAAUAUCGCUCGACGGCCCCGAUGAUCAACAGCGAAUCGACGCACCUCUCGAUGGCCAAUCAAUCGUUGAUUGAACUUUGAUUAAGU